AAGGGGUAGAUUCUCUCCUUCUCCUGGUCGUGGAAGUUUUCGUGGAGGUGCUCACUCUACCUUUGGUGGUCCUCAUCCACCUUUUGGUUCACCAAGCUCUAGUUUUGGUGGGGGUUUUCAAGGUCCUGUUAUUUGUCAAAUCUGCAACAAACCGAAUCAUUCUGCUUUAGAAUGUCGAUAUCUUUUGAAUACUAGCUUUUAUCCUCUUAUUCACCAAGAGCUUUUUGUUGCUUCUUCUACUUCUCCUGGUUGCUCUUGGAUUCCUUCCGGACUGUCUACACGACUGCCUAAUUGGUAUCUUGAUUCAGCUGCCACAAAUCAUGUUAACAAUGAUGCUCAAAAUCUGCAUUAUUAUCAACCAUACUCAGGUUUUGAUCAAGUAACAGUUGGCAAUGGGGCUUCUCUUCCAAUACAGCAUACUGAGUCUAUGUGACGAGCUUGGAAUUCCUUAUAACAGAAAUAAGGUCCACCCUGCUGCCCUGGCAACUAAAAAGUACGGCAUUUCUAAAGUGGAUCUCUUCAAGGCUUGUUUAACUCGGGAGUGGCUACUGAUGAAACGCAACUCGUGUGUGUACAUAUUCAAGACUACCCAGAUCACGAUUAUGUCAAUAAUUGCCUUCACUGUUUUCUUAAGAACGGAGAUGAAAUUCGGUCAACUAAUGGAUGGGAGUAAAUUUUACGGUGCACUGCUUUUCAGUCUCAUUAACGUGAUGUUUAAUGGGAUGACGGAGCUUCACUUGACCUGUAUGAGGCUUCCUGUGUUCUUUAAACAGAGGGAUUCCCUGUUUUUCCCCGCAUGGGCUUUUGCACUACCAAUUUGGCUUCUCCGAAUUCCCUUAUCUCUGAUGGAAUCAUGGAUAUGGAUCAUUCUCACAUACUACACUAUUGGGUUUGAUCCUGCUGCUAGUAGGUAA